GAGAGCGCGCGCUGUUCGCUCAGGUUAAGCAGCCAUGGCCAGUGUGGCCACGAAAAAGAGAAGAUGCACUUUUAAUAGCGAAUGGACCGCAACAUACUCUUUUUAAGGUUUAGACCUGUAGAUGGCGAAGUAAAGAGAGUUUUUCUGUGUGACAUGAUGGAAAAUACGACGUGAAGCGACAUGGUUAGGGUGACCAUGCGCCGUUUAUACGGGACACGUCCCAGCCAAGAUUUUAAUAAUGCCUAAAUCAUCCAGAGCAGUUUGACCAAUAACAUGCAGGCACAGAAUGGUCCGACUGAGAACGCUGAAUGAACUGUCCCAUCUGAGAGAGACCGGGUUUGGUCAGCCGUAUCCCAGACAUGGUCUCAGUCUGCUGUGGUGGUUUGCUGAUCACUGUGUUGAGAUUGAUGAUGACGGCAAUAUGAUUGCACGAUAUGACCCAGAACACAGAGAUUUUGGUUUCCAUCCAUUCCAUAAUUCUGAAGGAAUUCUUCCUGAUAAUGACCUUCCGUACUAUGAAAUGGGCAACCUGCGCCAUCCGGGCAUGCUGCCUCAUGAUGUUACUAAGAAUUAUGACAGAAAUGUACGUGAGAGCAACGCGGAUCGCAUUGUAGUUCUGGUCAAUUCAGACUGGAGUGAGAAAUAUUUUGACAGGAUUUAUGUGACACAUCAUUUAGGUCAGGGGCGUUUCGAUGAGAAAUCCACCUUCCGCAUCAGCAAAGGCCUCAUUGAGAUCAUUCAGAGGAUGGACUGGUCAGAUUUCAUCGAGGAGGUGAAGAUCCAGCAGCGGCGUGACCGGCGUGGUCAUCGCUGAGCUCGUGUUAUGUGUACACGUUCAUCUGUGUGGUCUGGAUCCACAGACACUCAGAGUUGAAAUCAAACAUUCCUGUCCAUCCAGAAUAGAUGCAUUUAUAGACCUUUGAUAACAAAUGACUCUAUUUGAAUUGUAAAUUGGAUUGGGCCAUAAAUGACUAAUUUGUGUGAUCAUUUUGCUCCAGAUGAGAAGCUUUAUGAUUCUUCAUGUAUAGCCUAUAAUAAAUGCAUUGUAUUCUGUCUGUUUACUUCAUCAUUUAUUAAUUGAUUAAUAAUUAAUUGUCUGAUUUCAAUUAAUAAAAAGGAACUGUUCACCC